AUGCAGUUCUUACGAAGAUCAACAUUAAGUGUAAUCAAACGGCAAUUUGUAAGAUCAGAGAGCGUUCACGGCACAGUGUUGAAUAAUAAAGAGAAAAGCACAAAUUUAAAAUCAUGGCGAGAGAUACCAGGUCCAUCGACUCUACCUCUAAUUGGACCAUUCCAUCACUUUUUACCUGGAGGAUCAUUUUACAAUGUCGACAAAGCCAGACUUAUUGAUAUACUGUACGAACGACAUGGACCAAUCGUUAAAUUUGAAGGAUCAUUUGGCUCACCCACCGUAAUUUUUUUGUACGAUCCUGAAGCUAUAUCUCAUAUUCUGCGAAGUGAAAAUUUAAUGCCAAUUCGCAUUGGUCUGCAGAGUUUAGAUUAUUUCAAACUUAAAUACAACAAAGGACGUGAUCCUAAUAAAUUGACAGGACUAAUCUCUGAACAUGGUGAACGAUGGAAAACAUUCCGAUCAAUGGUUAAUCCUAUUAUGCUACAACCAAAAACUAUUAAGCUAUACAAAAACAGCUUAGAUGAAGUCGCUGAGGAUAUGGUUAAAAGGAUGAAACUUAUUCGUAACGAGAAAAAUAUGUUAGAAACAAAAUUUGACGAGGAGAUGACCCUGUGGGCUUUGGAAGCUAUUGCCGUAGUAGCUCUAGGGGGGCGCAUUAACUGCUUUGAUCGCAAUUUACCAGAAAACUCUCCUGAAAAGAAACUUAUAAAUACAGUGCACCAAAUAUUUCAUAUUGUUGACAAAUUGGAUUUUAAGCCGAGUCUUUGGAGAUACGUCACAACACCCAGUUUCAAAAAAGCGAUGAAAUUAUUUGAAAAUCAAGUAGAACUUAGUAAGUUUUUUAUCGGAAAAGCUAUAAAACAACUUGAAAACAAAAACAAAAAUUCCAACGAAGAAAAGGGUAUUUUGGAAAAAUUACUGGAAAUUGAUGAAAAUGCGGCGUUAGUUAUGGCUAGUGAUAUGCUAUUCGCUGGCGUUGAUACAUCAGCAAAUACCAUGACAGCGAUACUUUACUUACUGGCUAAGAAUCCUGAAAAGCAAGAAAAAUUGAGGGAAGAAAUCAUGUCACGAAAUGAUAUGCAACCGUACUUAAAAGCGUGCAUAAAAGAGUCAAUGAGAAUGCUUCCAGUAGUGUCAGGAAACUUAAGGAAAACAACAAGAGAUUAUGAAGUUUUGGGAUACAGAAUACCUAAAGAUAUGUUCAUGACCUUUGCUCACCAAUUUUUAUCAAUGCAGGAAGAUCAAUUCCCGAGAUCUAAAGAAUACAUUCCCGAAAGAUGGAUCACUGAAAAAAGUGAUCCAUUGUAUUAUGGCAACGCACAUCCAUUUGCAUUUAGUCCUUUCGGAUUUGGAGCUCGUAGUUGUAUUGGUCGUCGAAUAGCCGAGUUGGAGAUUGAAACAUUCCUUGCCAAGGUCAUAGAGAAUUUCCACGUUGAGUGGUUCGGACCUGAUAUUAAAGUCAAAAAAACUACAUUCAAUUAUUUAAUUGGGCCAUAUAAUUUCGUAUUCAAAGAUGUUAAAGUAAAAUAGUUUUACGAAAUUAUAACAUACAUUAAACAUACUACUAAAUUUAAACAUACGUUAAUACCUUAUUUGUGAUUAAGAAUAAAAGUAGUUCUUUGGUUUAUAAUUUAAAUUCAAAACUGUUAAUGCACUCCAUUUUCGAGGUUGUAACAAUUAAAAAAUAUAUUUCGUUCAGAUUUAAUUGGUAUAAGUAAGUAACUUAAUUUAAAUUUAUGUCUAAACAUGUAUACCCAAUAAAGAUGAAUACAUAUAAAUAA